GACCUAUAAAAAGCUCACUUGUAUCUGGACUGCUCACGAUAAGGGACCCUGUGCAUAGGACAAUUGAGUCGUGGAGAAAAAAAAGGUAGGACCCGCCACGGAGUAGCCGAAAUAUAUUUUUUCCCUCAAUUUCGGCCCUUCCUGGAUCGGAGGUUCCUCCCUGACUGUCGGAAAGUCGCGGAAUCCAUCAACAACGCCGACGUGCCAAGAGGGAAAUCACGUGGCAUUGAGUUCGGUGGCUACGGCAGGGCUACAGGCUAGAGUACUGCCAGGGUUUACGUCGGACCUCGGAGCCUGUAUUUACAUCUAUUUGUGUCAAUCCCUUCUAUUUUAAGGAUCUACUGUCAUCUUGUCCGACCGCCUGAUCACUGGGCCUUUCAACAACUUAGCGGCGGAAUGAUGCUAAAAGGGCCCUGGAGAAGGCGUCGCACCCUAUGCACAACACACAUAUGUGUCGUCUUUGGCUUCUUCAGUGUCGUAUGGGUGUUGUCCCUUUGGAGUGGUUCUUCGUCAUCGCCCACGGAUUUUUAUAGGAAAUACUAUCGAGACCGUGAUUGGACGACUACUGAUGAGCUUCGGGGUCUUGUUUAUUUUACGUCCUCAUUCCCUGGGCGCUCUUUGGAUCCAAGGGAUGGCCAUCUUCCGUAUACAUUCGGAAAAACGACACGAAGAGAUGCGAAUGUGUGGAAAGAGAAGAUUCGUGCCAUUGACACUGUUGCCCCGGUUGUCAUUUUCAGUAAGACAUACUGUCCAUUCUCAACGCGGGCCAAGGAGUUAUUCGCCAAGUUGGACACUCAACCCAAGCCGCUUGUGAUCGAGGUAGAUCUCAGAGAGGAUACAGACAUUGUGAAGAAUGAACUCUCCCGAUUGACAGGUCGGGCUACGUUCCCUAAUAUUCUCCUCCGAUCGAAAUCGAUCGGUGGAUUUGAUGAUGUUCAGUCAUUGUAUGAGUCUGGCCAACUGCUAACGAUGUUGAGAGAUGGGCAUAUUGUCGUCCAUGGCGCAUAAUGGGCACCCGAGAGAAAAGCAGUCGCUGGUGGGAAGUCACUUACAAAGUCAUAGUGGCUGGAGUCCUGCAGGCCUUCUUAUCGCGAUAAGCCUUUCGAAAUUACGCAUAUAUAAUGACCGAGUGCCCGUUCCGAAUAUCAUAUGUGUCACCUAAUAGAGGCUGGUUCUCCUAGCGAUUUCCACGUGUAUUCGAUGUCGUUCGCCUCAGACCUCGCGAGAGCACUCCACCACGGUACCAGCAUCAGUGUUG